AUGGCACGCAUGACCUUGGCUCUGCUUGUGCUGGGCACAUUGCUGGUGGAUGCGCGAUUGACGAAGCCUCGCGGUUUGGACGAUAAGGAGCUGACUGCGCUAGCACAGUUGAGCGACAAGGCCGAUGAUACAUUACAAGAUGAGACUCAAGACAAAGAGGAGGAUGAACCUGCGCAUGAGCCUGGGCAUGAGCCUGCGCAUGAGCCUGAGCAUGCCGAUGAAAAGUCUGCCAGCAAAGAAGCAAAGAAAGAAGCGAAAUCAGAGACAAAAAAGGAGGCCGAUCCUCAUCACCAGGGCAAGGUGAAGGUUAUCCCUGAGCCCGAGAAGCCUGAGCCAGAGAGCACCCGCGUGGACGUGAAGGUGCACAGCCCCGAUCCUCUGCCCGAAGACGAGAAGGUCGAUGUCACCGUCAUUGUGAAUGACACCAAGGUGAAGGGGCGACAGGGCUUGGUAUUUGGGUCUAUUGACCCGCGCAUUCCAGGAAUUUAUUGUUCGGGAAGGCCUUGGCUGAUGUGUUUUGAAUGA